UAGCGCUAGAUUUACAACUCAAUUUGGCCGUCUAUCUGGCCGAUCUGCGAACAUAAACAACUGGCAAAGGUAAACGAUGUUGACGGCAAUUCCCUUCAUUAGCAUGCAGGUCGCUGGGGGCGCCAAACCAUAAAAAGUGCGAUUCUCACCGGAUCAGGCAUCAGUUUGCAAUUGAGGAGACAGCCAGACACAGGCCUUAGCACGCGAUGCAGUGGUUUAACUUGUUCUUGAUCUUUGGAAUCCUGGCGAUGAUCGGCAGCCUGGGCACCCUGACCACCGCCGAACCGGCCCCGGAGCCAAAGGGACGUCCCUACACCACACGACGUCCUAGGAACGACAAUGACGACGAUCGGCGCUAGCAACUAGAUCAGGGAACAGCCAGAAAACAGGAUAAUCCCUCCAAGGAUUUACCCCCAAGAUGCACUGAUCCACAGCAGAUACAAAAGGCACAUCAACUCUCGGUAAAGGUCGAAUGUUUUGGAGUUGAGAAAACGCAAUAUGUUGAAAUUCUACUCAUCUAGUGGGAUUUCUUUAAAACCACCUCCCCUAACCCUCAUACAAUAAAUAUCCUUUAAUUUACAACAGA